AUGCGCAUAUUGCUCGUCUUAGCUUUUUUGAUUCACGGUAUGUUCUGAGGAAAAUAUGGAAGUAUGGAAAUUUGUUGGCCUCAAAAGCAUCUUGUUUUUAGAGCCACCGUGUUCAUAAAAAUUUUCUGACAUUGAGUUUUCAAAAAAUAGUUUUACGUGAUCUGAAAAUGAAAAAAAUCAAAACGGUUAAUCGCAAUACUUUCUGAAAUUUAAGUGUGAGUUGAUCUUUAUUAGAUUGUAAAAUUCUUCACCUUUCCAAUUCAAAGCGUAACAUAUUUUGAAGAUUGCUUUCCUAGUUGUUGAAAAAAAAUAUCUUUAAAAAAUAUAAUUUAUGACUGUGAUUAUGAUUUCUGCCCAAUACAUUUUCCGAAAACCCGGAGAACAACAGCUUCCAGAAAAAAAAAAAAACAAAACAAAUUUUCGCAUUGAACCUGAGAACAACCUAUUUCAAUGUUUUAAUCAGAAAAAUAAAUACAUAAACAUUGUUUAUUUUUGUCCUAAAUUAGAAAUGAAAAUAGAAUCAUCGAGGUCAGAAAUCCAUCGUGAUGAUUUCUAACAAAAUUAUUUUUUUUUUAGAAAUAUCAUCGAGAUGUGCAGAUCAUUCAUUUAUUGGAUGUAUGUUACGAUUGAAAACACAACGAGUACCGAUCGAGAAAAAUAUCAUGACAUUGAUUUUUAAUAUUGGAACUGAAGCUAGACUAUUGCACACUUGCAAGUGAGUUUGGGUCAAAAAUAUAUUGUUGAUUGUGAGAGGAAAACAUUACGGGGAACAAAAUAGGGAAAAAAGUGGUCUAGCUAAUGAAUGAAGAGUAAUUGAAUGUCAAACGCAGAAACAUCUGUGCGCAAAAAAAAACUCUGUUUCAAAAUGUUAUUUAGAAGUGACGAGAAAUCCCGCGUGAUCUAUACCGGGAUUUAACUCUUGAAAAAACUCAUUCUGAUUUUUGAACUUUUACUGUGCUAAUGUUUUUAAUGAAAUGAUAUUUGAACAAAAAAAAAGAUCUCUUCAAUCUCGCUGGCAACCUUGAAAUACUUUCAGAAUAAUUGUUUUUCAGAGUAUAUUCAGCAACAUUGCCAUGUUUUCAAGAUAAAAUUCGUGAUUGUGGAGACGAUAAACAAAAACGUGUUUUGAACGAAGUAUCGAAAACUAUUAUGUAUUUAUGUUCACCGUUCAGUCUACAACGACAAAGGUAACAAUUCCAUUCCUUCUCUCAUUCCUGAAUUUUUGGAUGAAAACAAACAGUUAAAAGACAGUUUGGUCACUCUUUCGAAGGGUCAAAUAAAUUAAUAGCCCCACGCCACUUGAAAUGUGUCAAGUCAAAUAAAUAAUAAGAGGGAGGAAAUGUUGUUGACAUUGAAAAUUGAAAAGCUUCCGUGUGGAGUUUCGGAAAAUAUGCUCGAAAACAAGGAAUUUUUCUCAGAGCGGUUAUCAAACAUCAAAAAUGUAUAGCGAGUGUAUUAUCGUUACCAGCGUCGACUGGAUGUAAUUUAAAUGAACACAACUAUGGAAGACAAGUUAUGGAGUGCAAGUGAGUUAUUUUUGCUGAAAGUGCAUUGGCUUAAAGUGCUUUUUGGCAGCUGAAGUCUAGAUAUGUGUUGAACAUUAGUAAUCAAAAAUCGAAAAAAUUUUGGAAAAAUGUUUACUUGAUGAACAUUUAGUUGGGAUAACCUGAAAAAGUUUUAUAUUGAUAUAAAUUUUUUUCAUCUACAAGAUCCCAAAUAUUUUGGAAAUACUAGUUAACGUUUUUUCACCGCAACAAAAAUCUCCUAAUUAUUUCAGAAAAGAGUGCAGCAAUAAGGGUUCCGAUUUCAUAUGUAUGAUGAGAACUUGGAUCUCUGAACAAAACACUUGCACAUUGCGGGACAUUGAACGUAAGUUUUGUGAAAUAUUUGAUUUGAAUUCCAGAUCACUGAUUUCAAAAUCGGAAUUCCAGAAAAAUGUGGUGAUGAAGCAUCUGGACUUUUCCUUGAGUUGCAAACAACUGUUUUCGAGCCAACAUUCCCCGUUGUUUGUAGUUAUUCAAAUUCAACUUCUGAAAUAAUUACAACUCCAAAACCUGCAAAUGAACGAAAAGUUGCAACAUUCAAAAAAGAGAAAACUAGAAGAAAGCCAGUAAGAUUUAUUUUUUUUGUUGAUUUUGUUCUUUGAGUUAUCCUUUGUUUUUUUUUUCAGAUUCGUAAAUCUAAGACUGAAAUUCAGGAAUUCCCAUUGGUCCUUACCACUUCAACAGCAGCUUCUACUGUCAAUAAUAUUUAUAUCGAAAUACCCAAAGAAGAACAGCAACAACAAAAUAUUUAUAUGAGACCUCCGAAUCCUCUGGAGACUCAGAAUUACACAAACUUGCAAGUUGAGCAGAGUGCGAAUAAUAUUUGGAGAAAAGUUCAGAAUAAUCAAAAAGUUCAGUAUAACAAGGAAGUCUGGAGACAGAAAACUAAAUCAGGUUGGUUUUUAAUGACAUUUUUAUCAUGGCUGAAUAUUUUCAUAUAAUUUUCGGAUGAGAAUUGCUAAUUUGAAGAUCUCUGUUUUAUUUUUGAAAUCUCGUUACGACAUGGCUUUGUCUUAAAGGAUUAUCCUAGCUUAUUUUAAUAUUUUUUAUUCUAAUCAACUAGAGUAGGAAAUUUUUCUAUUUUUUUUAAAUAGAAAAAUUUUUAAAAAAUCUUUACUCCACAAGAAUUUACAUUUUUCAGGUGAAUUUGUUUUCUCUACCCAACAUCCACUUUUCACAACCACAGAGGCUGGUGCCACACCAAGGCGUCAUAAAGUGAUUGAUAUUUUGAAAUCUCUAAUUCCUGCAAGUCUUCCAUCUCAAAUCACAGCACUUCUUGAAAACACUUAUGAUAAUAAACAUAACUUCCAAGAAACUCAAAGUUAUAAUACUCCAUCCGAAGUUUUGCCAGGUAUUUCGAAUUUUUUGAGAGACUUAUACAUAUUUUUAUUGUAGUUGCGACAUUUCCUGCUGAAGUAAUCACAUAUCCACCUUCGACAUCAAUGAUACCACCAAAACCAGAAAUUCGUAUCCAUGAAAUUCCAAAAACCACUCAUAAUGUUGUUGUUUUUGCUCCAGUUACCUAUGCUCCAGUUGUACAACAAACGAAAUGGAAACCUUGGUACUUAUCCGGAAGCUAA